AUGGCUCACUUAAUUCGACACAAGAUCGGCAACAAGCUGACCAAUGCGGCCAACACAGUAUCCAAUAAGUCUCAGGCCAAGGUAAGCGGAGUGUUCGCCAGGCUGGGCUUCCAGGCCGCUACGGAUGAAGAGGGUCUGGGGUUCGUGGACUGCGAUGACUUGGAUUUUGAGUACAGGCAGGGGAUGCAGAUGGACAUCAUGCAGGGUGACGAGGAAGGGGGAGAUAUGGACGGAGGAGACGAGUUGAUGGUGGGGGACAGCCACUACCAGAGAGAUGGAACCGGCCCACCAUCCUCCUCCUCCCUCAAGAACACUGGGGCGUGUAACGAGUUGGCAUUAGAGGACAAACCCAAAAUUACCUCUUGGGAUGCGGGGUGGAACGUCACCAAUGCCAUUCAGGUAGAAAUAAUUUUAAGAAACACAUUAACAUAUUGUCACUAUGUCAAUGUAGGCCUAUUGUCAAGAUAGCCUUGGAAUAUACGCCCAUUCAGGGGACACCGAUUUGCAUCCUACAAAACAACUGAAACAGACCUUAAAACGACUUUAGAAAUAUUUUAAUUGACAUGUAAAAAUAUACUUUGAAUAGGCAUAUUGUAUGGUUUCAUAUUUCACAAUCCUUCAUUUAGAACAAAUGUGUCCUAAAUAUUUUCAUUUAAUCAGAAGAGAAUGUCAAUUUAAUUGUAAGCAUGUAUAUAAUAAUUUGAGGUUUUAGAGGAAAAUAGGGAUUUAUUCAAGAUAGCCUAUUUCUUAUCAGCAAAAAACAGACCCCCGGUUUCCUCUCCGUCUGGAAUGAAUCACGGCUAAAAUGGUUUGGAUUAGCCUCAGGCACCAUUAGGCCUACAUCGUUAUUCUUGAUAAUAUUUCACAGUGGUCCUUUGUAGUUGGUAGAGCAUGGAGCUUGUAACCCCAGGGUAGUGGGUUUGAUUCCCGGGACCACCUAUACGUAAAAUGUAUGCACGAAUGACUGUAAGUCGAUUUGGAUGUAAGCGUCUGCUAAAUCGUAAAUGUUAUUAUUACAGUGGAUUAUACAAAAUAAAUACAGUCUUGAUGAGGAAAUAUCUUAGAAAUAUUAGAUUCUGAGCCUGGACGCUAGUCGGCUGACAGAUGAAUAGAGGCCUGCCUAUGCUUUUCUCUCUCAACUCCAAUCGUUAUAUUUGGGUUUUCACACGUGUAUGAUUAUGCAAAUGUAAAUGUCGUUUGCUAUUAUUAUGCAACUUUGAAUAUUAUUCAUUUAUUGCAUGUGUUGUGUGUGGUGUGUGUGUGUGUGUGGGGGGGGGGGGGCACUUCGAUAAGAACAUUUCCAUUACGACUCAACUGUGCUUGUGUAUCCACAGGGGAUGUUCGUCCUUGGGUUACCAUACGCCAUUCUUCACGGAGGAUACCUCGGACUCUUUCUCAUCAUAUUUGCCGCCGUUGUAUGUUGUUACACCGGAAAGAUUCUUAUUGCGUGUCUGUAUGAAGAGAAUGAGGAUGGAAUUCUGGUGCGCGUGAGGGACUCCUACGUGGACAUCGCCAACGCGUGCUGCCAGCCACGGUUCGCGUCUCUGGGCGGACAUAUCGUUAACGUUGCUCAGAUCAUUGAGUUGGUCAUGACCUGUAUCCUGUAUGUGGUGGUCAGCGGCAACCUGAUGGUCAACAGCUUCCCCAAUCUGCCGGUCUCGCAGAAGGCCUGGUCUGUAGUCGCCACGGCUGCCCUCCUGCCUUGCGCGUUCCUCAAGAGCCUUAAGGCCGUGUCCAAGUUCAGCUUGCUCUGCACCAUCGCGCACUUUGUCAUCAACAUCCUGGUGAUAGCCUACUGCCUCUCCAGAGCCCGCGACUGGGCCUGGGACAAAGUCAAGUUCUAUAUCGAUGUCAAGAAGUUCCCCAUCUCCAUCGGCAUCAUCGUCUUCAGCUACACGUCCCAGAUCUUCCUGCCGUCGCUGGAGGGGAACAUGCAGAGGCCAAAGGAGUUCCACUGCAUGAUGGACUGGACCCACAUCGGAGCCUGCGUUCUGAAGGGCCUGUUCGCUCUGGUGGCCUACUUGACUUGGGCAGAUGCCACCAAAGAGGUAAUCACGGACAACCUUCCGUCCACCAUCAGAGCGGUGGUCAACCUGCUCCUGGUGGCCAAGGCCUUGCUUUCGUAUCCGCUGCCAUUCUUCGCUGCUGUAGAGGUCCUGGAGAAGUCUUUUUUCCAGGAUGGAGGGCGCGCUAUUUUCCCUGACUGUUACGCGCCGGGAGGACGGAUUAAGUCCUGGGGACUGGGCCUCCGGUGCCUCCUUGUGGUGUUCACGUUGAUCAUGGCCAUCUUUGUCCCGCACUUCGCACUCCUCAUGGGCCUCACCGGGAGUCUUACCGGCGCCGGGUUGUGCUUCCUUCUCCCGGCUCUCUUUCAUCUAAAACUGAUGUGGAGGAAACUCUUAUGGCACCACGUGUUCUUCGACGUCGCCAUAUUCGUUAUAGGGGGCAUAUGCAGCAUUUCUGGGUUUAUUCACUCAGUAGAGGGGCUCAUUGAGGCAUUCAAAUAUGGAGUCGAGGAAUAA